GGUUUAGUGCUGGUUCAUUCAUUUCUCUACAUUUGAAAUUUCUACGGUCGUAUACGUUUAUAAUAUUAUCUAUUUUCUAUCAUGAAGCUCAUCCAUAUCCUCACUGUGGCGAUUGGUGUCCAGGCCAUUGCUGUUCCUAGAUUCGUUUCAAAAAGAGGAACUGGAAUUACAGUCAACGGUGACGGCAGCAGCAACGUCGGAGGCGAAUCCGGCAUAACGACGAACGCAGACGGGUCCCAAAGCAUCGGUGGAGCAAGCGGGAUCAAUGUCGCCGCGCCGAAGGGAAACAAGACAACCGGAGCAGCAGGAGCCACAGGAACGGGAGCCAACAAGCCUCAGGGAACGGGUAAUGCAGCAGGUCUUGCUGCUUUGCUUGGUGCUUUGAACAGUGCUGGGUCGUCAAAGAAUAGUACGUCGACUGCAUCGAGCAAUUCGACGACUUCGGGGACGGAUGGAUUGGCUGCUUUGGUUGGGGCGCUGGAGGGUGCGAAUGCGGGGUCGGGUGAGAAGAGCAAUAGUACUGCUGCGACUGCUGCUUCUGGAGAGGCCGCUCCUGCUGCUGCGGAGAAGUGAGAGGUUACAGCCUCGAUGAAAAUGGAGAGAAAAAGUCGAACAAAAGGUCGCAGGCGGCCUACAAAGAUGUGUAGAAACUAACUGAGUGUGAUUACCAGGACUGUAUGAUAACCGAC